AUGUCGAAGAACUCGGAGUUCCUGAAGAAGUUCGCGCUGGACCGCGACGUCGCGGAGCUCGUGGCGCUCGAGCUCGGCGCGACCGUCGAGAUCGAGGAGUUUUCGCGCGUGGCCGAGGACGAAUCCGACGGCGCGGCGGCGGAGGACGCGGCGGCGGACGCGGCCGUCGAGGCCCUGCGCGCCGCCGCGGACGCGGCGCGCGACGCGUCGCGCGCCGCGCGGCCCGCGCCCGACACGGCCGACUGGGCCGCGCUCCCGCUGCGGCCGCCGAUCGUCGCCGUGCUCGGCCACGUGGACCACGGCAAGACGACGCUCCUCGACGCACUCCGCGGCGCGCGCACGGCCGAGGCCGAGGCCGGCGGCAUCACGCAGCGGCUCAGCGCGUUCGUCGCGCGCGACGCCGUCGGCGGCGGCGGCGACGUCGCGGCGGCGACGUUCCUCGACACGCCGGGCCACGCGGCCUUCUCGAAGAUGCGCGAGACGUCGACGCGCGCCGUCGACAUCGCCGUCGUCGUCGUCGCCGCGGACGACGGCGUCAUGCCCCAGACCGUCGAGGCCGUGGACCACGCGCGCGCGGCGCGCGCGCAGAUCGUCGUCGCCGUGACCAAGGUCGACGCGGUCGGCGGCGACGCCGCGCGGGCCGAGGCCGUCGCGCGCGUCCGCGGCGAGCUUCGCGAGCGCUGCGGCGUCGCCACGGAGGCCGACGGCGGCGACGUGCCCCUCGUCGCGCUGAGCGCGCGGACGGGC